ACAAUCGUACAACAAUGUUCACCAAAUUCAUAUUGGCUGCCAUCCUCGUGAUCCAGGUUUGCUGGGCCAUACCCACCAAACUUCACCCCCGCAUCACGGACGGCGUUCCUGCCGCACCUGGUGAAUUCCCGUACCAAGUUUCCAUUCAAUGGGGACUACCACCUCUAAGACCAUACAGCCACAUAUGCGGUGGUUCUAUCUUGAGCAAGAAUGUCGUCUUGACCGCUGGCCACUGUGUCAUGAAUUUGGGAAGAACCAGAGUCGUUGCUGGCGUAUACGAUUUGAGCAAAUCUGAAUCUAGCAUGCAGGUUCUGCCAGUUGAAAGGAGCGUCGUCCACAGUGGAUACAACGGUGGUGUCGCUCAAAACGACAUCGCACUUUUGUUCCUGAGCGACGAUUUAGUGCUUAACGACUUCGUGAAACCCAUCACACUGCCCCAAGAAGGAGAAGAUGAAACCGGAGAUGUAGUUCUUUCUGGAUGGGGAUCAGUCUCCAAGACCAUAAUCCCAAAACUGCCCGAAACUCUUCAGAAGGCUGAGGUGACCAUCCUUGACAACGCAGAAUGUUUGCAAGAACUGAAAUCCGUACCCGGCGAAGAUCCUGAACUCUUCGACUCUCAGAUCUGCACUGGAAUUGGUGCCAAAGAAAUCUCUGCUUGCUCUGGUGACUCUGGUGGCCCACUUGCCCAAAUCGUUGAUGGAAAUGCUGUCCAAGUUGGUAUCGUGUCAUGGGGUAUGAUGCCAUGCGGAUCUAGCCGCGCACCAUCUGUGUACACCCGUGUCUCCUUCUUCGUUGAUUGGAUCAACGAACACAUGUGUAGCACAAUUAGAAGGAAUUCGCAAACACGGGUCGAUUCUCAGAGAUUUCCAAAUAUUAUUAUCGGGCCAGUCAAACCAUACCGUGGCUUCAGUUUGCCGUUAUUCAGCAAUCGCAUAGUUGGAGGAAGCGAAGCUACCCCGGGUGCUUAUCCGUGGCAAGUUUCCUUGCAAUGGGGAUGGCUGUUUGGUCAGUCUCACUUCUGCGGUGGCUCCAUCCUCAACAGUCAAUGGGUCGUAACUGCUGGACAUUGCGUGUUGGCCGUGCCAUCCUACGGUGAUUUCGUGGUUAAAGCUGGAAAGCACAACCUAAAACUGAAGGAAAGCUCCGAGCAGACGAUCAAAGUCGCGAAAUCUUUCGUGCACGAGAAAUACGUGGGAAACGUGGCCCCAUACGAUAUCGCGUUGCUGAAACUGGAGACGCCAUUGAAAAUGAACAAUUUAGUUCAGGCGAUUAGUCUUCCAAAGACGGGUGCCACGCCAACCGGAGAUGCCAUCCUGACUGGUUGGGGUUCGACCUCGAGGACCAGUAAUCCAAUUAUGCCUGACAAGCUUCAAGUUGCCCUGUUGCCGAUCGUCGAUUUAAACACUUGCAGAGAAGCCAUAGAAAAACUUACCGGCCCGUCUCCUUUGCACGCGACUAAUGUUUGCACUGGACCACUCACUGGCGGCUAUUCGGCGUGCAACGGUGACUCAGGUGGUCCACUGAUCCACAAUGGCAGCGGCAAGGCUCAACUUAUCGGAAUUGUCUCCUGGGGAAUUGUUCCAUGCGGAACGGUGGGCGCACCCUCGGUUUACACCAGCACGUCCUCGUUCGUCAGUUGGGUUGAAAACAUCAUAGCCAAGAACUGAAGCAUUUAAUCUUAAGACGAUAAUCGAUAUUAUUAAUG